AUGGAAAUGCGUACAGAAACCGGGAAGGAAAAUAAAGAUGGAUUAAAGGAAGAUACUGUGGUAAAGGAAGUUGAAGGAUCACAAGUUUCAAAAAUUGAUCUAAUUUUAGCGCAAGGACGAAGGCCUUUUGAAAUUAUUCUCAAAGGUGGACCACCAUGGGGCUUUGCCCUGAGUGGUGGGAGGGACCUGAUCACACCUCUGCACAUCUCAAAGAUAGUUGCUGGCGGAAGGGCAAGUGAAUCGGCUCUAGCGGAAGGGGAUUAUAUACUAGGAGUCAACGAUGUGGCUUGUGCAGAUGUGGGACACACGUUGGAUAUCGUAGAUGCUGCAGUGAAUACGCUGAGGAUUACCGUUCUGCGAGGGCACGUGAAUCCUACACGGGGAGAAUCGCUGCCGAGUCGACUGGCCUACCGAUCCGUGGACGUCGAGGAGAAAGUCUCAGGUGCCAAACACUUCAAUGAUGACAGUGUGGUGUAUUGCAAGUCCAGGAGCCAGCAGCGGGAUGGUGCUAGUAUGAGACCACACAAGCGACGCGGGGAUAGUUUUAAUAGGUCAGUAGGUCCCAAUUUCAGACAAGACAAGUAUACUGCAGGUGAACCAUAUCCAUUUGAUAUGUAUCCAUCUGAUGUGAAUUCUUCCAGAGUAAAUAUGUACCAUUCAGUACCAGCUCAUAAUCUUCACAGGUAUCAGCCUGACUAUGAAAACAUUUGCCUCCUUGGCACAGCUCCAAUAGGGAGUGAGAAGAUCUCAGAAAUAGAUGAUAUUGAAGAAGUGACUGCUAGAGACAGCAUCCCACAUACUCCAGAGGUCCAGGACUGUGAUCCACUUCAUGGUGCUGGCCUGCCUACACGAGAUCCUGCCAGUCUGAAGUACAUCAAGGUCAAUCAGAACCAUGAGAAAUAUCCAUCCUGGCCAGUGACUAAACCCAGUGGUGCCACAGAGCAGACGCAGCCAAUCAACAGUAGGGCACAGUCAAUGACUGACCACACCAACACCAGCACAGAGUUCCCCCACAAGCAGCAGUUGGCCUAUACCCCAGGGCUGCGACCUCUUGCUGAGAAGAACAGCCCAAUUGCUGAGAGGAAAACUGAUGAUAACAAAGCCAGAAACAGCAGUGACCCAGGACUAAAGUCAGAGUUUGUGUAUGGUCCGUAUGGGAGAGUGGAGAGGCGAAAUGUUGGCAAACCAGAAGGCAGAUUUGAUGAGUUCUACAACUCCAAACCAGGCUACCCACCUCCAAAUAUGGAUCCAGAUGGACACAACCUUGGGGACAAGGAGUACAAUGCUCCAUCCCCACCAGAAAGAGACAGCAAAGGGGUUGAUCAGAUUAAUUUAUCUC